CUUCCAUUCAACGAACCGAAGAAUAAACGAACUUACAAGGAGCCACGGCAUGCAGCUUGCACAAUUGAAGGCAGCCGCUGUCUGCCUUUGCCUGGGCCUGGGCCUGAUCCUGGCGAUUGGCCCAGUGCAGGCACAGGAGAAUGCCCAACUGCAGAUACCGCCCUCGCUGAUCGAGUGCUAUAAUACGUCGUAUUUCAUGAAUCGGGACAAUCGCCUGCCUUCCAACAUGGACACACUGAUCUCGCUGAUUGAGAAGGUCGAGCAGAGCUAUGUGGCAACCGGCUACCAGGUGGACAUCAGAACUGUUUCGGUUGCUUUGCUGCAUCGUUUCCGGCAGGAUGGCAUUAAGCGUGCGCCGGGCGUUAAUGCCGUGAAUGGCGUAAUACCCUACAGUCCCACGGGCUUUCAGUUUCCCAAGCUGCGCAUUCUGCUCUCCAGCCUGUUGCCCGGCAAUGCGAACAAUUUCCCGAACAGCUCGCUGACCAGCACGGAGCGCUGUUCCCUGCACUUCAUGCUUUCCAGCACCUUUGACACCAGGCAGCGUGGCGACGAGAACACGGUGUGUGGCCAGCUCUCUCAAUAUCGCGCCCAGCGCUUGCCCCGUGCGCUUAAGAAGGACGAAGCCAGCAACUUUAUUGGGGAUGCCGAGUGGCUGGACAGCAGACCGAAGCGGGCACGUUCUGGCUCGAACUAUGUGCAGCUGGGCGAGCUGGACUACGACACCGACUGGGCGUAUGGCGGCAGCGAGGGCACCAGCCAGUGUCCCGUGGAAGAUGGCGUUGUGCGCACGCCCUGGGGCACUGUCUCGGCGGGCACCUUGAUUGCGGGCGUCGCGUCGGGUCUGCAACAGCAGACUGUGCCGGUGAACACGCUGCUGCAACUGGCUACCCAGCGCCGUGGUCGCACCCAGUCCCAGACGGCGGCGUCCUCUAUAGACAAUCGCUGGGCAGCCACGCUGGCGGGUGACCUGGCCGAGGUGACGCUCGUCCAGGUGCCGGUUUCCACUAACAAUGCGGCCACAGUCGGCGCCACCGGCGGCUGGAAUGACACGGUGCUGCCCCAUUGGUAUUUCCUGUCGCAGCGCAACAAUCUGGAGGCAACCGAUGCGGAGAUUCGCGGCGGUCUGGACGGUCUGAUCAUAGCCAAGAACGUGGCCAACUGGCGCACCCAGGCCUCCGGCCUGAAGCUUUCCCAGCUGCUGCGCAUGUACUACUCCGCGACGGGUGUGCUGGGCUCCGGCAUUCAGGCCUGCAGUCGUCAGCAGCAGUUCACCAAUGUGGCGCCUUCGGCGGAGAUGCAGGCACAGACCAGCGCAUUCGCCCAGGUCCUUGAUAGGGGCAUGCAACUGCGUGUCACGCUCCAGCCAGCGGCAAUUGCGGAAUUUGCCAACACUGCUUCCCUCUCGCUGGUCACCUAUGUGCCGCAAUCCUUGAACGAUGUCUCCUGCACGGCCAGCAACAAUCAGGAUCUGUCGGACAUUAUCACACCCAUGACCAAUUUGUACAUAUUUUUGGACACUUCCUGGCAGUACAGCUCCAUUGUGGACUAUGUUGCCUAUGUACUGCAGCAGCUGAAUAUUCAUCCGUAUGCCAGUUCCGUGACGAUGCUCUCCGCUUUGGAUGGCUCGAUUAUUGUGAAUACCACGAAUUACGUCACCGACGUCUAUCAGCAGUGGAACGUGACCACACAGGCGAAUGUGCCCCAAGGCUUCAAUCUGCCCGCUGUUCUGCGCACGAUUCAGAAUAUAACCCAAAAUCUUUUGAACGGCGAGCAGACCAAUUCCAGCGUCGGCGGUCGCUCUCUGGUGGCCUUGAUUAUGCCCAAUCAGGCGACGGUGAAUGAUGGCGAUUCCAACUAUGCCACAACGGAGCUGCAGUAUAUCUACGAGCAGAUUCCCGAUCUGCGCUUCGUCUACUAUGGCGGCGGCAACAUUCAGCGCUUCGCGAGCUUUGUGCGCGACUCCUCGCGGGAUCUGUUCUCGCUGAUGACGGGCAGCACCGUAGCCACAUCGGCGGGACCUGUAGCCAGGCGCAUUGUGAAGAUACCCCGACGCAUCAUCAAUCCGCGCUGCGGCUCGGCCUGGUAUACGACCAGCUGGGGCACCGACCAGAUGUACCAGUAUGUGCGGCCGGGCACGAUCAACUUCUAUCGCGUUGCCUCCAACUACUUCUUUGGCGCCGGCAGCAAUCGCGUGGUGACCAUUCAGUCGCAGAACGGCGGCAGCUUUACCAUCUGCUCCUCGCGCAGCUACGAGUGGCCGCAGCAGAACUCCACCAGCUCUAGCACGGGCACCACUGUGGACCAGAGCUGUGUGCAGAUCAGUGGCAAUAGCUACUCCUACGAUCUGUCCAAUGCCUGCAAUGGCUACUACACCAUCACACAGUGCCCGCCGCUCUAUCUGUCCGUCCAGCCGGGUAGCAUCAACACCACAUCCUGCACACAGGAUGCCUGCCAGACGCCCGAUCAAUGGCGCUACAUCGUUUCGUCCGUCAACAUGGGCUGCUACAGCGGCGUCUCUGGCCUGGCGGCCAGUCUGUUCACCAUUUUGCUGGCGCUGCUGCUGCAGCAGUCGUUGCAGUAGUGCAGUUGUGCGGCAGUCGCAGUCCAGUAAAAAGAGUUCAAAUUAAUCACAUCCUGUAUGUAUGCCCCACCCUAGCUUCCUUCCAAAUAUUUGUCGUCUUAAAUUAUUAUUAUAAUUUUUUUAUUUAAGUUGUAAGUUCCAGUGAAAAAGUCGCAAAUAA